AACAAGAUGUCAUCUGACGUCUGUGGCGCAGAGACAGUAACUGCAAACUACCCACAAAGAAGAUCUCAAAAAACGUUCAUAAAUUGGUAAGGCAAAGGGUUCUGGGUUCUCGCUUAACGUCAAAAAGGAAGAAAUGGAAAGGUCCUUAGUUUUCUCCACCAACAUUCCUCUCAGAUUUUCACGAACACCCAGAUCAAUUUCACCUCGAUUUCACCCAAAUCAGUACCAACCUCACAAAUUUAGUGCAAAGUCUUCAACUGGGUAUCGAAAAGUUGGAAUCUUUAAUACAAAUUCCAAAAGAAAAUUAUGCACAAGAGCUUUGAUAUCAGAGGUUUCUAACCAGAGACAGUAUCCUAAAGUAGCUGCCAAAUCAACCGGACCAAUCCCUCCAUCUCAGCUCAUUGAAGUUGUCGAGACUGCUGCAAAAACUGGGGCUGAGGUGGUGAUGGAUGCUGUCAACAAACCAAGAAAUAUCACAUAUAAAGGACUAACUGACUUGGUAACCGACACAGAUAAAAUGAGUGAGGUUGCUAUUCUUGAUGUAGUAAAAAAUAAUUUUGGAGAUCAUCUGAUCCUUGGGGAGGAGGGAGGAAUUAUAGGGGAUACCUCAUCAGGCUAUCUAUGGUGUAUUGAUCCUUUAGAUGGAACAACAAAUUUUGCACAUUGUUAUCCUAGCUUUGCAGUUUCAGUGGGUGUACUGUUUCAAGGAAAUCCUGCCGCUGCUGCUGUGGUGGAAUUUGUUGGAGGACCUAUGUGUUGGAAUACCCGUACAUUUACUGCUACUGCUGGUGGGGGAGCAUUUUGUAAUGGACAGAAAAUCCAUCCCAGUAAAACGGAUAAGGUGGAGCAGUCUCUUCUUGUGACUGGGUUUGGAUAUGACCACGAUGAUGCAUGGAUUACCAACAUUGAAUUAUUCAAGGAAUUUACUGACAUCAGUAGAGGUGUAAGAAGGCUUGGUGCUGCAGCUGUGGACAUGUGCCAUGUAGCUCUGGGAGUUGCAGAAGCGUAUUGGGAAUAUCGUCUAAAACCAUGGGAUAUGGCUGCUGGUGUAUUGAUAGUCGAAGAAGCUGGUGGUGCUGUGACUCGGAUGGAUGGUGGAAAAUUUUGUGUCUUUGAUAGAUCUGUUUUGGUAUCUAAUGGUGCAGUUCAUGCCAAGCUUUUGGAGAGGAUUGCACCUGCAACGGAGAAACUUAAGAGUAAAGGAAUUGAUUUCUCAUUUUGGUAUAAGCCUGAAAAUUACGUCACAGAUCUUUGAAUUGCCAAAGAGUCACACUUCUUUUUCCUGACACAGUAAGCAGAGCCAUAUAGUUUUGCCAGCAAACACACCAUCAUUGUUUGAUUAGAAACAUAACAAGGAUACAGAAGAAGCAAAUAUCUUGUGAAAGGCUGAAUAAGAAGAAGAGGAAUGAAGUGGUGGCAGUUAAUUGUGGAAUGAGUAUGCGUUGGCAUUUGUAGUUAUAUGUUAUCGUUGUUAAUGAAGUACCAUGCAACUGUCCGCCGUUGUUAACUGUUUUAUUAAAGUUGUAUUUUUAUUUUUAUUUUUACUUUUACUUCAUCUCUUGUAUCUUGUAUAUGCCAUCAUGGUCGUUGGUUCAAUUCACAUAAUUUGAAUUUUCCCAAGUAUGAAUAA